AUGUAUGUGCAACUCAUAGAGUGGUUUGUACAGAUAAAUGAAGGCCUGCCCAUCCUGAUCGUGGCGGUCACGCUGGCGGCCAGCGCCAACCAGUACAAGGCCGACGCCCACUGCUGGCUCAACUUGAAGACGGGCACCAUCUGGUCUUUUGUCGGACCCGUCAUCUUCGUCUUGGCGGUCAACUCUGUGGUGUUGUGCCGGGUCGUCAUGGUGACCGUUUCCAGCGCCCGCCGCCGCGCCAAGAUGCUCAGUCCACGCUCGGCAUCGAAAAUGCAGACCUUUGACCUCACCUGGGCUGUGACUCGACCAGUUCUCAUUCUGCUGCCUGUCCUGGGUCUGACUUGGCUGUGUGGAGUCCUGGUCCACCUGUCUGUUGUCAUGGCGUACAUCUUCACUGCUCUCAAUGCCUUCCAAGGCUUGUAUAUUUUCCUGGUAUAUGCAGUUUACAACAGUGAGGUGAGGAACGCCAUCAAGAGGAUCAAAGAAAAGAGGAAGGCCUUAUCUUUCACAAACUGUUCCCAGCCGACCACCUUCACACCAUCUCAAAGAGCCCCGAUAAAAUCCUGGGACAUAAGUCCACCGGCCCCCUCCAGCCCUGAGACCAGUGAGACCUCCAGACCCCCCAGUUCUAUCUCAACUUCUCUGGUGAUCAAGAACGAGAGUUUCAGAAAAGAAAGCUUUGUGGGUUUCGCAUUCAAGCCGGCCUCAGGAAACCAAGUGGUGCAGCUCACAGCAUUUAAACAAUCAGGCUGCUGAACCGCAGGAUGGAGUCCAUGCUGGCGCCCUGGCAUCGCAGCAAGUACUCCCAUUGCCACAAGUACAUACCGAAGGUGUAAACCCCAAACAAACCCAGAACCUUUGUUUCCACUGUCAUGAGAGUGAUGAAUAUUAAUAAUAAUAACUCACUUUUUCCCACCGUUAUUGCUGGGGUGUCCAAAGUGAGGACAUUUUAUCUCAUAAAAGUCAACAGCAAAAUUCAUCAAUAUAAAUG